AUGGCGGGUCAUAGGCAGCAAGGACGCGAGGCUGGCGAGCACGACUUCAAGGAGAGCGACCAGGACUACGAAGAUACCGACGUUCCUCCAUUCGUUCCCGCAUUUGGUACCCCUACUGCUCACAUCGUGAAGCGCAAGUUCUCGAGCAAGUCAGAUGUCGCCUCGAGGCAUAGCAGUAGUAGCGAACCGGAGCGCUCCAACGAACAGCCGAGUACAACACCUGAAGAAGGCCACAGAGCGAAGCGACCCAGGAUCGAAAAGGAUGGUUCUACCGCCAAGACAUCAGGGCGUCCGCGAAAGCGUACGCCAGACUCCGCAUGGCAGGGUAAUCGCGUGACCUCCCACCUGGAUCGAUUUGGUGACAUCAGCACUGAAGAAACUUCUGAGAUACUGCGGCAAAGGAUAAGGACCAAGCAAACUGAACUUGGCUCUCGUAUCUACGGUCUUGAGGACUCCAUGAACGAGUCUUUUCGCAACCGCGUGUUCAUGGUUCUGAGUGAGGAGGCGGUGAGUAUUCCACGUCGCCCCGAGAUUCCUCUUGGAUUCCGAGUCAAGGUCGAGCACUGGGAUUUCGCUGGAUACCUUGAUGAAGACAGUGUGAAUCUGUUGGAAGCGCUUUCAAAGCGAGUCACAACAUCGCAACGAGAUGACAAGAUGGAUCACGAUGUCUACCACUCUAUGGACUGGCGAGCUAUAGACGAUGGUCGAAAGGCCAAGGGCCUCGCAGCGUAUCCACGACCUGACCGGCGGCCACCCCCUCGUCAAACUGAGACUCCCCAACAUCAUCCGGAUGUAGACGAGUCCGACAACGAUCACAGGCGUUCCGAUCAUCGCCGCCGCUCUGAUGAUCGACGAGACCGAGACCACCGGGAUUCAUCUCGAAAGGAUCGGGGCUACUCAGACACCGCAUCUUACGGUAAAGAUCGCCCACAGCGCCCUCGUGAUUCAGAUACCAGGAGCUCUCGGCCGCGAUCAGGCAAGGGAAAGAGGGCCGAUCAAUAUGACGACAUUGACCGAAGCAAGGCUGAUGGCCCUCGCGGAGACCACGCCACAGAAGGUACUCAGUCCUGGAAUGGGGCUGUUCAAGGUAUCAGGGCCGGUAGUGUGUAUGUUGGCCCCAACUAUUACAGCCGAGAGUCUACAGGCCGGACCGACCGCAUGAACGACGACGAAGGUCCUUCCGGAUCGCGUGGCCUCGGCGGUUCUUACGAUCGCUUCUAG